AAAUCCAAAGGAACUUCCACACUGUUUGGUUAUAGGGCGCUUAUAUACAACUUUUACACAUCACAGCAAUCACAGUUCAUUCUUUCCGGCAAAGUCAGGAAGGAAAGGUUAGAUCAUGGCACCACAGGCAGUGCCAGCUUUCAAGCAUGAGCAGGAGGGAUUGGGUAUCAAUGCCAUCCUCCUGGGACCCCCAGGAUCCGGCAAGGGCACUCAGGCGCCGCUGCUGAAGGAGAAGUUCUGCGUCUGUCACUUGUCCACAGGGGACAUGCUGAGGGCGGAGAUUGCUUCAGGGUCAAAGCUGGGUGGGCAGCUGAAGAAGGUGAUGGAUGAGGGCAAGCUGGUGUCGGAUGAUCUCGUGGUGGACAUGAUUGACAGCAAUCUGGACAAGCCAGAGUGCAGGAAUGGAUUCCUCCUGGACGGAUUCCCUAGGACUGUGGUGCAAGCUGAAAAGCUGGAUACGCUGCUGGACAAGAGACAUACGGGGCUGGACGCAGUUGUGGAGUUUGGCAUUGACGACAGUCUCCUCGUGAGACGGAUCACGGGCAGAUUGAUCCAUCCGGCCAGUGGGAGGUCUUAUCAUGAGGAAUUUCAUCCGCCAAAAUCCGCAAUGAAAGAUGAUAUAACCGGGGAGCCACUGAUCCGACGCAGCGAUGACAAUGCUGAGGCUCUGAAGAAGCGCCUCGAGGCCUAUCACAAGCAAACGCGCCCCCUUACGGACUACUAUGCCCUCCGGGGGCUGCACUUCCGCGUGGACGCUUCGAAAAAGGCUUCUGAAGUGUUUGAGAACAUCGACAGUAUCUUCCUGAAGCAGCGUUCAGCGAGAGCCAGGGCCAGGAUCUAAAAGAGAAAUAAUGGUCCGGGAUACUUGCCACAAUCAAAAAAGAAGCCAAUAGCACAGAAAAAAAACAGGUUACAAUAGUUAGAAAACAUCGAGGAACACAAAAUAAAAAAAAAUCACCAUUCCGGAAUCAUAAACACUGUCAAUCAAAUCAUAUCAAAUUCUGAAAGAGAAAAUGAACCCCUCGAGAGAUUCCUUCUCAAAUGCAAUUCACGAUUAAGAGAAAAAGAAAAAACAAAGUGGAAAAGUUGUGAAGAAAAUGCAAAUGAAAGAAAAAUAUAUUUGAAAGAAUGUU